GUUCGUUCAAAACAGAGUCCUCCUCCGAUGGAUCUCUUACGCAACUCCUACGCCAAUGACUCCGACGACGAAGAACCUGAACCGGUUAACGAUAACAACCGGUUAAAAUCUAUAACCGACACACCGUCUCUUCCGUCCAAGCGCCCAUAUCCUGAACCGGAGGAGGGACAUUACAGACCAGCUCGUAAACCAAAUCCUCCAUACAAUUCUAAUCCGGAUCCUCCGGUUCCAGGACGGUACGUUUCCAAGAGAGAGCGUUCCCUUCUAGCCUCUCUUUCAACUGUUCCAACUCAAAAUCAAAGCUCCGAUUUGAUUCAGAAACCUUCCGUUAGCUCUCCUACUGUUCUCGGGAGCAUCUCUGAUUCGCAAGUUCCCCGCCAUGUUUUAUCACCAAAAGGAUCCUCCUUUCGAACCGGAAUGCCGAGUAGGAUGUCGGUUUCGUUAACCGGUCAUGCAAAGGCUGUAACUUCUAUUGAUUGGUCAACAAGUCAUGUUCAUCUCCUUGCUUCAUCGGGGCUAGAUGGUGCUGUCUACGUGUGGAAUGUGUGGAGCAGCGGUGAGAAGAAAGUACGAGCUUUUCUCCAUCACAAUGCUCCUGUUAAAGACGUGAAGUGGUCGAAGCAAGGGCUAUCUCUUCUCUCUUGUGGAUAUGACUGCACUUCGAGGCUGUUUGAUGUUGAGAGAGGGGUGGAGACACAAGCUUUCAAGGAGGACCAGGUUGUUGGAGUUGUUAAGUUCCAUCCAGAUAAUGUCAACCAGUUUCUCUCGGGAGGGGUCAAGGGUAGUCUUAGAUUAUGGGACAUUAGGAGCAACAAAGUUGUGCAUGAAUACAUCAAGGAUCUUGGUCCGGUUCUUGAUGUUGAGUUUAUGGCUUGUGGGAAGCGGUUCAUCUCUUCUAGUGAUGUUUCUGGAAGGAAUAUAAGUGAGAACGCUGUUAUAGUUUGGGAUGUUUCGAGAGAGGUUCCUCUAUCUAACCAGGUCUAUGCAGAAGCAUACACAUGCCCUUGCAUCAAACAUCACCCGCGAGACUCAGUCUUCAUCGCUCAAUCACACGGGAACUACACAGCGAUCUUCUCAACAAACCCGCCUUUCAAGCUCAACAAAUACAAGAGAUAUGAAGGUCACUGGGUCGCAGGUUUCCCUAUCAAAUGCAACUUCAGCCCUGAUGGAGAAACCUUGGUCUCUGGCUCGUCUGAUGGUUACAUAUACAUGUACGGAUACAAAUCCACUGAGCUCAUUAAGAAGCUCAAGGCUUAUGAGCAUCCCUGUGUGGAUGUUGCAUACCACCCUGUAUUGUCUAACGUGAUCGCGUCUUGUAGCUGGGACGGACAGGUCUCUGUUUUUGAGUAAUCUCACAGUGCUUUUUUUUGUUUUUUUUUUUGUGUGCACAAUAUCUCACAGUGGUUAGUACCUUGAAUGUAAUGUUAUAAAAGCUACUUCUAAUGUUAACCUUAGA